GUUUCUCCACCAGCAACAUGGCCGCUGCCUAAGAGAAGAGCCGGGCCGCCGCCGCCUCUGCAGUCCGCGGGUACCUGGGCCGUUGCCGCCGCCCGCGCGCGGCCCCCGCGGAGAGAUUGAGUCUGAGGAUCGUGCGGCUGGCUCCCCCCUAGUAUGGCCAAUGAAGAGGAUGACCCAGUCGUACAGGAGAUCGACGUGUACUUGGCUAAAAGUCUGGCAGAGAAGCUCUAUCUGUUUCAGUACCCUGUGCGUCCAGCCUCGAUGACCUACGAUGACAUUCCACACCUCUCAGCCAAGAUCAAGCCCAAGCAGCAGAAGGUAGAACUUGAGAUGGCCAUCGACACCCUGAACCCCAACUAUUGCCGCAGCAAAGGGGAGCAGAUUGCACUCAAUGUGGACGGUGCCUGCACGGACGAGAGCAGCACUUACUCCUCGAAGCUGAUGGACAAGCAGACGUUCUGUUCCUCCCAGAGCACCAGUAACACAGCCCGUUACGCCGCUGCGCUCUACAGACAAGGUGAGCUGCACCUGACGCCUCUUCAUGGCAUCCUGCAGCUGCGGCCCAGCUUUUCCUACCUGGAUAAGGCGGAUGCCAAGCACCGGGAGAGGGAGGCGGCCAAUGAGGCAGGAGACUCUUCGCAGGAUGAGGCGGAAGAAGACGUGAAGCAGAUCACAGUGCGGUUCUCCCGUCCCGAGUCGGAGCAGGCCCGCCAGCGCCGCGUGCAGUCCUAUGAGUUCCUGCAGAAGAAGCACGCGGAGGAGCCCUGGGUGCACCUGCACUACUAUGGCCUGAGGGACAGCCGCUCUGAGCACGAGCGCCAGUACCUGCUGUGCCAGGGUUCCAGUGGGGUUGAGAACACUGAGCUCGUCAAGUCACCCAGUGAGUACCUCAUGAUGCUGAUGCCACCUAGCCCAGAGGAGGAGAAAGACAAACCCGUGGCUCCCAGCAACGUCCUGUCCAUGGCCCAGCUGCGCACCCUGCCCCUGGCUGAUCAGAUCAAGAUCCUGAUGAAGAAUGUGAAGGUCAUGCCUUUUGCCAACUUGAUGAGCCUCCUGGGCCCCUCCAUCGACUCUGUGGCUGUUUUGCGUGGCAUCCAGAAGGUGGCAAUGUUAGUCCAAGGAAACUGGGUCGUGAAGAGUGACAUCCUGUACCCCAAGGACUCCUCCAGCCCUCACAGUGGCGUGCCUGCCGAGGUGCUCUGCCGCGGUCGCGACUUUGUUAUGUGGAAGUUCACGCAGAGCCGGUGGGUGGUGAGGAAAGAGGUGGCCGCCGUGACUAAACUCUGCACGGAGGACGUGAAGGACUUCCUAGAGCACAUGGCUGUGGUGAGGGUCAACAAAGGCUGGGAGUUCAUACUGCCUUCCGAUGGGGACUUCAUCAAGAAACAUCCAGACGUGGUCCAGCGGCAGCAUAUGCUGUGGACAGGCAUCCAGGCCAAAUUAGAAAAAGUGUAUAAUCUUGUGAAGGAAGGCUUGCCAAAGAAGCCAGAUGGACAAUCAGGUGUGCAAGGGUCUGCUGCACUGCUCUCUGGGGACCAGCGGGUCCAGGCGGCCAAAAGCAAGGCCCAGCAGAACCACGCACUGCUGGAACGCGAGCUGCAGCGGAGGAAGGAGCAGAUGCGGGUGUCCGCGGUCCUGCCUGGCGUGCGGAUCAAGGAGGAGCCCAUGAGUGAGGGAGAGGACGAGGAAGAUCAAGAUGCAGAGGAAGACGAGGAGCCCAUGGACACCUCUCUCGGUGGCGGCCUCCACAACAGGCUGGCCAACGGGUUGCCUAGCGGGCGGGCGGCCGGCGGGGACAGCUUCAACGGGCACCCACUGCCAGGCUGCGCCAGCACCCCCGUGGCCCGGGAACUGAGGGCCUUCGUGGAGGCCACCUUCCAGAGACAGUUCGUGCUCACGCUGAGUGAACUCAAGCGCCUCUUCAACCUGCAUCUGGCCAGCCUGCCCCCUGGCCACACGCUGUUCAGCGGCAUCUCGGACCGCAUGCUGCAGGACACGGUGCUGGCCGCCGGUUGCAAGCAGAUCCUGGUGCCUUUUCCCCCCCAGACCGCUGCGUCCCCAGAUGAGCAGAAGGUGUUCGCCCUCUGGGAGUCUGGAGACAUGAGCGAUCAGCACCGACAGGUUUUGCUUGAAAUCUUUUCCAAAAAUUACCGGGUACGCCGGAACAUGAUCCAGUCACGGCUGACUCAAGAGUGUGGAGAGGAUCUGAGUAAACAGGAGGUGGAUAAAGUGCUAAAGGACUGCUGUGUAAGCUAUGGCGGCAUGUGGUACCUUAAAGGGACGGUACAGUCUUGACAGUAGUCACAAACCACUAACCCAGUGACGCCAAGCCCAAGGAAGGACGGCGGAGCCGGCGGAGGUGCCAGUGGUCUUGCUGCUUCGGAAGACCCGGAGCAAGAGGAACUGACCAUGUCGCGGCUGGGGCGGUGUGCUGUCUGGCAGCCAGCGGGGAUCUUCCUCAGCCAGGGGCAGGGUCAGCUGAAGUUAGAUCGCUCCCAGGACAGAGGGCAGCCGGGACCUUCAUUACAGUAUAAUUUGAAAUUCUUGAUGUAUUUUGCUUAUUAUUUGGUUCAUUCUCGUAAUAAAGAGAGUGUAUACUGACCACAGGCAGGCUGAUGAAAAUCAUGGUUUAAUAUUUUACUUUUCAAAGUUAUGUUUACAAGAUGAAGAAAACCUCAAGGUUUUAAAUAUUUAAAACGCCUAGAAGCCAGUAUUUAGUCCUCGAUUAUCUAUCUGCUAAGACUUCUGCCAAUUUCAUUAAACCAAAUCGAAUUGUUUCACUGCUGGGUUUCUGUGGCCACCUUACCUUUUAAGACAAUUUUAUGUAGCAGUUUCAGCUGUUUACAUGAAUCCUAGCAAAAAAUCAGACUCAAAUCCAUCUAUAAAUGUUUGCAUAAGGAUACAAACCAAACCAGGUAAGUAUGGAACAAUGUAUAAGUGAGGUUAUCACACUUUGAUGUAAAAAAUUUAUAUUUUGUGUAUUUUUAAAAUAAAUACUAACACUAACCU